GAAACGUAGUUCCGGGUAUAUAAAUAGCGGGCGCCCCCCUCAGCAAGUCCUUUUCAGUUGAGCUCUGCAACGUGGUGCGGAUCAUGUCUGGUGGCUCUGCGGAUUAUUCAAGAGACCAUGGCGGCCCUGAAGGAAUGGACCCCGAUGGUGUCAUUGAGAGCAACUGGAAUGAAAUUGUUGACAAUUUUGAUGAUAUGAACCUAAAAGAAUCUCUCCUGAGAGGAAUCUAUGCUUAUGGCUUUGAGAAACCUUCUGCUAUUCAGCAAAGGGCAAUCAUUCCCUGCAUUAAAGGGUAUGAUGUGAUUGCCCAAGCUCAGUCAGGUACUGGCAAGACAGCCACAUUUGCCAUUUCCAUCCUGCAGCAACUGGAGAUUGAGCUCAAGGAGACCCAAGCUCUAGUAUUGGCUCCCACAAGAGAACUGGCUCAACAGAUUCAAAAGGUAAUUUUGGCCCUGGGUGACUACAUGGGUGCAACAUGUCACGCUUGCAUUGGAGGCACAAAUGUUCGCAAUGAAAUGCAGAAACUGCAGGCAGAAGCGCCUCACAUUGUUGUGGGAACUCCUGGCCGUGUAUUUGACAUGUUGAAUAGACGCUAUCUGUCCCCCAAAUGGAUAAAAAUGUUUGUGUUGGAUGAAGCUGAUGAGAUGUUGAGCCGUGGUUUUAAGGAUCAAAUAUAUGAGAUCUUUCAAAAGCUGAGCACAAACAUUCAGGUUGUCCUGCUUUCUGCCACAAUGCCAACUGAUGUGUUGGAAGUGACAAAAAAGUUUAUGAGGGAUCCAAUUCGUAUCCUUGUCAAAAAGGAGGAAUUGACUUUGGAGGGUAUUAAGCAGUUCUACAUUAAUGUUGAACGAGAGGAGUGGAAGUUGGAUACCCUAUGUGAUCUGUAUGAGACUUUGACCAUUACUCAAGCUGUUAUUUUUCUGAAUACCAGGAGAAAGGUUGACUGGCUUACUGAGAAAAUGCAUGCAAGAGACUUUACCGUAUCUGCUCUGCAUGGUGAUAUGGACCAGAAGGAACGAGACGUCAUUAUGAGAGAGUUCAGAUCUGGAUCUAGUCGUGUGUUGAUAACCACAGACUUGCUGGCACGUGGGAUAGAUGUUCAGCAGGUUUCCCUAGUAAUCAAUUAUGACCUACCAACCAACCGUGAGAACUACAUCCACAGGAUUGGUCGCGGAGGUCGGUUCGGUAGAAAAGGGGUGGCCAUAAACUUUGUUACAGAGGAGGAUAAGCGAAUUCUUCGUGAUAUUGAGACUUUCUACAAUACUACAGUGGAGGAGAUGCCAAUGAAUGUGGCUGAUCUUAUUUGAUCCCUGGGGAAGAGAUCUUUUUGAAUGCUGUACUCGCUGUUGCUGAAUUGGCGAAUCACGGCGCUCAUUGUGCUUUUCUUUGGAAAAAAUAUAUUGAAUCUUGUCUCAAUGCUCACGACUGAUCAGAAAUACAGAUUUGUUUGAUAAGCAAAGCGACAUUAGUCGCCUUCUCUGGAAGGAAAGCUGUGGGCUUUUUCCUCCUAGAGUUUAGACUGUUGGGGUGGGUUGUAAAGCAAUGGGGUCUUUACAUUUUUGUGUUCGACAUUUAUUUAGCAGUUCUAGAGAAGUGGUGGUGGUUGAUGUUCUUUAUCAUUUAAUAAUUUACUUAUGGACUAAAAAGUAUAAGCGCUGUAUAAAAUCAGCCAAUUAUGUUAAAUUAGCAUAUGCGCCUUUAUUGUACAUUGCAGAUGUAGAGUUUACUAAAUUAAAGCCUAUAAUUUUGUUUUUAAAUGUAUUUAUUGCAUAAAGUGCACUUGUGCUAGACCCUGAACCCCAACAAUCUAUAUCGUGUUUGGCUUAAUUGUAAAGUUGCCACAUUGCACAUGGAUAUAGAUGUUUAAUAAAUAGUAUAUUUACUCCA